CUGGCUGUGAGGUGGUUGGAACACAACUGCCGCUACCAGUACCUGGAUGAACUUCUCCAGUACGUCCGCUUUGGCCUUAUGGAUGUGGAUACACUGCAUACCGUAGCUCUUUCUCAUCCUCUUGUCCAAGCUAGUGAAACUGCGACAGCGCUUAUUAAUGAGGCCUUGGCUUACCACCAGAGCAUCUAUGCACAGCCCGUUUGGCAGACCAGAAGGACAAAACCUCGCUUCCAGUCAGACACACUUUACAUUAUUGGUGGGAAAAAGCGUGAAAUCUGUAAAGUGAAGGAAUUGCGAUACUUCAAUCCGGUAGAUCAAGAGAACGUUCAUAUUGCAGGGAUUGCAAACUGGAGCGAGCUAGCGCCUAUGCCUGUAGGGAGAAGCCACCACUGUGUCGCGGUCAUGGGAGACUUUCUUUUUGUAGCUGGUGGAGAGGCAGAGCACUCCACAGGGCGCUCUUGUGCGGUGAGAACUGCCUGUCGAUACGACCCCCGCACUAACUCUUGGGCUGAGAUAGCUCCAAUGAAGAACUGUCGGGAACACUUUGUGCUGGGAGCGGUGGACGAGUACCUCUAUGCAGUUGGGGGCAGAAAUGAAUUGCGUCAGGUGUUACCUACAGUGGAACGCUAUUGUCCCAAGAAGAACAAGUGGACCUUUGUACAGUCCUUUGAUCGAUCGCUCUCAUGCCAUGCAGGAUAUGUGGUGGAUGGUCUUCUUUGGAUAUCAGGAGGAGUAACAAAUACAGCACAGUAUCAAAACAGGCUCAUGGUCUAUGAUCCUAAGCAGAAUAAGUGGUUAAGCCGUAGCCCGAUGUUGCAGAGGAGAGUGUAUCACUCCAUGGCUGCUGUCCAAAGGAAACUUUAUGUGUUAGGUGGGAAUGAUCUGGACUACAACAACGAUCGGAUCCUGGUCCGGCACAUAGACUCCUACAGCAUAGAUGCUGACCAAUGGACACGUUGCAGCUUCAACAUGUUGACAGGUCAAAAUGAGUCUGGAGUCGCCGUCCACAAUGGUAGAAUAUAUUUAGUUGGCGGCUAUUCGAUUUGGACAAAUGAGCCUUUGGCAUGUAUCCAGGUGCUGGAUGUUAGUAAGGAAGGGAAGGAAGAAGUCUUCUAUGGGCCUACACUCCCCUUUGCUUCCAACGGAAUAGCUGCGUGCUUUCUUCCAGCUCCUUAUUUCACAUGCCCCAACCUGCAGACUCUGCAAGUGCCUCACCACAGGAUCGGCACAGUGUGAGACAAGGAGCGUGCACUUCAGCAAACCAGAAAUGGAGGGAGGAAGAAAUCAAACCCUCUGUAUGGAAGGGUUUCUCUGGGUCAGUGAAAAGAAUCAAUCCCCACAGGCUGCUGCUUUACCUUCACACAUUUGUCUUAAAGUCGGAUCACAAUAGGCAGGAAGGAAGCUAUAAAAACUGUCUGCAGUUUCUCUCCUCUGCCUCAGAGGUAGAAGCAUUUACAUGAGAGCGUUUGGCAUUUCUGCUGGUGACUACUUGCUACCUGUCUCUACUUCAUUUUCUUAUGCAACUUCAUAAGGCAUUGUGAAUGCUCUCAGCUCCUCCUGGGCUGCUCUUCCGUUGGAGUCUGCACGUUCAGUUGUUCACCAAUAGCACUUUCAAAGCUGAUAGAAAGCUGUGUUUAUGUUGACAAAGAUAUCAUACUAUGGUAAUUAUGCAACUUACUUGAUACCUUUAGCAAAAAGAAUAACAAAUGUGUUGACUUCCAAUUCCAAACUCCAUCGUUUACAGUUUCUCAUUUAAUAAUACCU